AUGGGCAAGGAAAUCGCCCUCAAAUAUUUUGACAACCAAUCCACCCGAAACCCUACCCCUUCCAUCUCAGGCUUCUAUUUCUACUCCAACGGCCGACUCAGCUCCGUCUCCCUUCACGGCCGCCGGAACCUCCCGUCUCUCUCCUUCCUCGAUGGCCUUGAAGGUAAACACUUCCCAGCCACGAUUCAACAUUCCUGCAACGGCUUACUGUUGUUCCACACUCGCUACGUAGAUCGUAAUGGUUACUUAUUACCAUUGUACAUUGUUUGUAAUCCGACCACGAACAAACACACAGUGCUUCCUAAAACUGGAUUUUCGUCUCGAUUGGCUUGUCGCCGCCGCGGUCCUUACUUGGCUUUUGAUCCUUCGAAAUCGCCUCACUACAAAGUUGUCGUGGUCAGUCUCUACCAUACGCAGUCUUUCGAGAUUGAUGUCUACAAUUCGGAGACUAGGAAUUGGAAAAAUAUCGAAAUCGAUGUCCGCAGUUUGGGAACUCGGAAUUGGAUAAAUAUUUUUUUCCCGGGAAAGACUUCUUGCGGUCGUGGUGUCUUUUGGAAUGGAGCAAUCCAUUGGUUGAGUAGUAACAAUAGUGUGUUGAAGUUUGACAUCGAUGCCGAGAAGAUGCUAACAUUUCCACUUCCUCAAAGGCCUACUCUUUUACCUCAAAACAAUAUAAGCUAUUUAGGAGAAUGUGGUGGCGGUUUGAUUUUAGUUCAGACAAAUUUACUCUCAAUUGAGAUAUGCCGAAUCCUAGAGUUGGAAGGCGACAACAUCCAUUGGAUUGAGAACUACCGAGUCGAUCUUAGAGCUUUUCAACUUAUUACUGACGCCUUAGUGUUGUGA